AUGUCCGGCCAAUUCGGGUUCAUGUCCAAGAUCGGCGCGACCGACGAGGCCGUCGCCGUGCUCAACGACCAGCCCUACGUCUUCACCAUCCUCGUCGUCGUGCUCGUCAUCAUCAUCGCACAGAUCACCCUGCACUGGUACAUCCACUACGCCACCAUGAAGCCCGAGCAGAAGAAGAAGAAGGCCGAGAGCAAGGGCCUCUUCGGCCUCUUUGGCGGCGGCGGCAAGAAGAAGCCCACGGGGAAGCCGCCGGCGAUGCGAUGA